AUGUCGUCUGCUGGUGGACAGAGGCCGCCUGCCAACCGAAUGACCCUGCAGACCUUCAAGGCACGCCUGGGCGGAGCCUCGAAAGGCUUCAAGCUGCUCAAGAAGAAGCGAGACGCAUUGAAGGCCAAGUUCCAGGCACUUCUGAAGGAAAUUGUUGACACCAAGCUGAAGGUUGGCCAGAGCCUCAAGGAUGGCGCCUUUGCCCUGGCCAAGGCGCACUACGCGGCCUCGGGAGACGACAUUUCCUCAACGGUCAUCGAGAGGGCGAAGAAGCCUACCUUGACGACGAAGCUGUAUCCUGACAACGUUGCCGGCGUCUCCAUUCCGGUGUUCAAGAUGAACUAUGAUGCCUCCCAGGAUAGCACAGCCCAGACCAUGGGAGUUGGAUCUGGUGGAGCCGUCUUGAAUGCCACGCGCGAGACGUACGUGAAAGCAAUGGAGUGCAUCGUGAAGCUGGCUUCCCUACAGACAGCUUUCCACACCUUGGACGAGGAGAUCAAGAUGACCAGCCGACGUGUGAACGCUUUGGAGUACGUGCUAAUCCCGCGGAUUGAGGAGCUCAUCCAUUACAUCACUCAGGAAAUGGACGAGGAGGCGCGAGAGGAGUUCUUCAGAGUGAAGAAGGUUGUGGAAAAGAAGAAGGUCAAGAUGGCGAAGGAGAAGGAGCUGGCAGCACAGCAGGGCAAAGAGCAGAUUGCAGCGAUUGAUGCGCCGAGCAUCCUCUCGUCCAAGAAGGAUGACGAUCUGGUGUUCUGA